AUGAAUAACAUUGCUGGGAGACCACUUAAUGAAGAUGAUGAGGAAGAUGAAGUUAAUGAGGAUGGACUUGAAGCAUGGGAGAGAGCUUAUACAGAAGAUAGAUCAUGGGAGUCUUUGCAGGAGGAUGAAUCUGGGCUUCUUCGUUCUAUUGAUACUACAACCAUGCAACAUGCUCAGUAUCGUAGGCGCCUUCGCGCCCUUGCUUCAAAUGCAGCUACUGCACGAAUUCAGAAGGGUUUGAUACGAUACUUAUACAUUGUUGUUGACCUGUCCAAGGCAGCUUCAGAGAGGGACUUUCGACCUAGUAGAAUGGCUGUGAUUGCAAAGCAGGUGGAGACUUUUAUCAGGGAGUUCUUUGAUCAGAAUCCACUUAGUCAUGUUGGUUUGGUGACUACCAAAGACGGGGUUGCUAGCUGCUUGACAGAUCUUGGUGGCAGUCCUGAGUCCCACAUCAAAGCUUUGAUGGGUAAACUAGAAUGCUCAGGUGACGCCUCCCUACAAAAUGCACUAGAUCUUGUUCAUAGCAAUCUAAAUCAAAUCCCAUCAUAUGGCCAUCGAGAAGUUCUGAUUUUAUAUUCGGCCCUCAGUACCUGUGAUCCCGGUGAUAUCAUGGAAACCAUCCAGAAAUGCAAAAAGGGAAAAAUGAGAUGCUCUGUCAUUGGUCUCGCUGCUGAAAUGUUUAUAUGCAAACAUCUUUGCCAAGAAACUGGAGGAACAUACUCCGUUGCACUGGAUGAGUCCCACUUUAAAGAGUUAAUUCUAGAGCAUUGUCCACCACCUCCAGCAAUAGCAGAAUAUGCUACAGCUAAUUUGAUUAAGAUGGGUUUCCCACAAAGAGCAGCUGAGGGCUCUGUUGCAAUUUGUGCAUGUCACGAAGAGGCUAAGACAGAAGGGGGAUACACUUGUCCAAGAUGCAAAGUUCGUGUUUGUGAGCUUCCUACUGAAUGCCGCAUCUGUGGAUUGACCCUUAUUUCUUCACCUCAUUUGGCAAGGUCAUAUCACCAUCUCUUCCCUAUAGUGCCGUUUGUGGAGAUCUCUGCAUCAAUUCAAAAUGAUCCAAGCCACACGUUUCCCAACACUUGUUUUGGUUGUCAAGAAAGUCUUGUUAGUCAGGGAAACAAGCCUGAACUUUCUGUCUAUUGCCCAAAAUGCAAACAACAAUUCUGCUUUGAUUGUGACAUCUACAUUCACGAGAGCUUACAUAACUGCCCAGGCUGUGAGAGUUUCAGGCAUUCUAAGUCAAUUACUACUGCUCAAUGA